AUGCCCAAGUACCACGACUACGACUACCUCUUUGCCUUCUCGAUGAUCGGCGCCUUCGUCAACGCGUACGGUAUCGGCGCCAACGAUGUGGCCAACUCGUUCGCCACUUCGGUUUCGUCCAAGUCGCUUACCUUCCGACAGGCCAUGUUUGCCGCUGCCAUCUGCGAGUUCCUCGGUGCCGUGCUCGUGGGUGCGCGCGUGGCAUCCACCAUCAAGAACGGCAUCAUCGACCUCGGCGUCUUCAACGGCAACGCCUCGGUCCUCCUCCUUGCCUUUACGUGCUCCAUCAUCGGUUCGGCCACCUGGCUCACCUUUGCCACGCGCAACGCCAUGCCGGUCUCCACCACCCACACCACCGUCGGCUCGGUUAUCGGCGUCGGUAUUGCUGUCAACGGCGCACGCGGUGUCAAGUGGGGCUGGAACGGUGUUUCGCAGAUCUUUGCCUCGUGGGGUAUUGCUCCCGCUGUCGCCGGUGGUUUCGCUGCCAUCGUGUACCUCAUCACCAAGUACGUCGUGCUCAAGGCCAAGGACCCCGUCAUGAUGGGUCUCUUCACCGCACCCGUGUACUUUUUCAUCGUCUCGGGUGUGCUCACCGUCUCGAUCAUCGUCAAGGGCUCGCCCUCGCUCAACCUCGACGAGCUGCCACCUUCGACUACCGUGGCUGCUGUGCUCGGUACCGCAUCCGUGGUGGCUUUGCUCUCGAUCCUCUUCUGGCUUCCCUACGUGUACGGCAAGGUGGUGCGCGGCGAUUACACGCUCAAGUGGUACCACUUCUUCAUGGGUCCCCUGCUCUGGUGGCGACCUGCUCCUGCGGACGCCGUUACUGCCGACUCGGCUGUUCCGGACUACCGCAUUCAUGACUUUGCCGACCCUGCCGUGGCCGAGCAGCACCGUGCGGCUGCUGCACCUGCCUCUGCUCCGGUUGCACGCACUGGCGACGAGAUCGACACUGCUUCCAACAGCGCAAACAGCAACAGCGACGAGAAGGAUGCCAAGCUCAACCAGCCCGCAUCGGAGCAGGUGCACCCUUCGCGCCUCGCACACCUCGAGACCGAGCUUGAGGAUGGCCGUCCGGUCAAGAUCGACGAGAACCACAUCCCGGGCCGUCCUACCCCUCCCAAUUACCGCAAGUAUGAGGGUAGCUGGCUCGAGCCUUGGAACCUGUACACGAUCGUGCGCUACAACUCGCUUCCAUGGAUCUGGUACAGUCUGUCCGCCGGUCUGCGCACCGAUAUCCACGCCAUGCAGGCCCACGGUUCCGAGAAGGAGAAGGCCAAGCUGCGUCAGAUGCACGCGGUGGCCGAGCAGUACGACAACCGCGUCGAGCACCUCUACUCGUUCAUGCAGGUCAUGACUGCGUGCACUGCCUCCUUUGCCCACGGCGCCAACGACGUUUCCAACGCCAUCGGACCCCUUGCCGUCGUAUGGUCCGUUUGGUCCACCUCCGAAUUCCCCGGCUCCAAGGAGCCUGUCCCUAUCUGGAUUCUGGCAUUUGGUGGUAUUGCGAUCGUCAUCGGUCUCGGCACGUAUGGCUGGAAGCUGAUGAGCGUGCUCGGCAACAGGCUCACCAUGCACUCGCCCAGCCGUGGAUUCUCCAUGGAGCUCGGCGCAUCCAUCACCGUCGUCGUCGCAUCGUACCUCGGUCUGCCCGUCUCGUCGACCCAGUCGAUCACUGGUGCAACGCUCGCAGUUGGGCUGUGCAACGGCGACUACAAGGCCAUGAACUGGAGAAUGCUCGGCUGGAUCUUCUUCUCUUGGGUCCUCACCCUCCCCAUCGCAGGUCUCAUCUCCGGUUGCCUCCUCGCCAUCAUCCUCAAUGCCCCUGGCUGGAACACUCCCCCUCCCGUCCUCUAA